UCUGCGUCCCUGCUUCCAGUGCUGGCUUUGCAAGUCAGAGAUGGGGAGAAGGUUUUGGAUCUUUGUUCUGCCCCUGGAGGCAAAGCCUUAGCCAUAAUGCAGUGUGCCACCCCAGCACUUCUCUGCUGUAAUGAACCAGAUCCUCACAGACGGGACUGGCUGGCCAAAACUCUGGAGUCUUUUCUGCCUCAGUCACUUACCAGUAAAGUGAUUGUAUCUGCACAGGACGGACGAUAUUUUGGGCAGAGUGAAGCAGUAACAUAUGACAAGGUUUUAGUCGAUGCUCCAUGUUCUAAUGACAGGAGCUGGCUGUAUUCUUGCAGCAGCCAGCAGGGGGAACAGAGACUAAGGGAAAGAGCCAGACUGCCUGCGCUCCAAUCCCAGCUGCUGAGGUCUGCGCUGUCAGCGGUGCGUCCAGGGGGCCUUGUAGUCUAUUCAACAUGCACACUGUCCAACUCUGAGAACUAUGCUGUGGUUGAGACUGUGAUGAAUGACUGUCCUGAGGCUGAACCUGAAGACCUGUGGGAGGAGAUUGCCAUUCCUUUAUCGAAAUACUUUGCAUUUAGUCCUGCUUACCCUGGUCAUGGACAGACAUCUCACAAGCCCUCCCUGCAGCAACAAAACAGCACUGUGUCCUCUUAUCACCGCAGACUCGGCAUCCUAGUGGUUCCUCAGCCUGGCAAGACCUGGGGACCCAUGUUUUUGUCCCGGAUUAGAAAAAGGAAAUAGUGGGCAUCCUGUGCAGUAAAGAUACAGUAUGUGAAAACAAAUGGCUAAACAAAUACUUUUCCUUUGUGGGACUUUUGUUACCUGUAGGUUUUUUAAGAUGCAAAGUACCUCAUGGAAGUGACUCAAAAACUGACACUUAUUCAUUCACAUUUAACCUGUACCACUUAUAGAGGAGGAAAGUAAAAACAGCCUAGGUUUAGGCAUGCAGAUAUAAAAAUGUCAGUGUGGCCACAUGCAGGCAAAGGAAAGUCAUAACUGUUUCAGCUUUUCAACUGUUUUUGCUUUUUAAAGUAGUUGUUCAUUGUGUGUGUGUGUGUGUGUGUGUGUGUGUGUGUGUGUGUGUGUGUGUGUGUGUGUGUGUACUUGUGUGGUAUGAGAUUUUACAUUUAAUACUAUCAGCUAAAAAAAAAAAGAAAAUAGGACAUUGCUCACAUCAUUCAUACUAACCACCGACAGUGAUUUGCAUCAAAGACAGACCUUAGACAACAUAGAUUUAUUUAAAGCUGCUAUAAUCGAUAUUAUUAUAACAAUGAAUCAAAAGACACCCUGAAAACAAUGUGACAGUGUGAAAGGAGUGGCUUGUAGCAAUUAAACGACAGAGAAUAUUCAUUUGCAGCCCCCCUCGGUUGUUUAGCUGUCUUGCAGCAACUUUACUGUUUUGGUUUCCUUGCAUAGUGUCAUUUUUGGCCACAGCAGGCAGCUUUUUUCAGUGAAAAGCCCAAAGUGGAGCAUUUAGCAGAUAAAGAGCGAGAUAUUUCCCUGUAAGCUGGUAGAGACCAAAAACAGAGCUCAAAGAGAAUGAAUAUUGUACUUGCAUUCAUCAAGUGGUCAAAAAAACAACUCCAAAUGAAUGAUGUUGCUUAAAAAUAAGCAACUGUUUGCUAACAAGCUUGCCAAAGCAACUU